AGACGCCCUCGCCACUUCAGCGUCCUUUCAUACACUCACAGCUGGACCAAAAGCGGAAGACUAUCCGCCUCUCUUACUUCUCAGCACCCUUCCUUUCCUAUCCGAUCUCCACAGUACAUCGGCGCCGUCAUCAACAUGCCGCUCCACCAGUACGACUACGUACUUGCCAUCGGCACCUUUUUUGCCCUACUUGACGCAUACAACAACGGUGCCAACGAUGUUGCAAAUUCAUGGGCCACUUCGGUCUCUUCUCGCUCGGUCAGCUACCGGCAGGCGAUGAUCUUGGGUACCAUCUUCGAGAUGCUCGGUGCGAUCACCGUCGGUGCCCGUACUGCCGACACUAUCAAGAACGGCAUUAUCCCUAACUCUGCCUUCCGUGGCGACGCCGGUGUCCAGAUGCUGGCUUUCACCUGUGCUCUUGCCGCCGCCUCGAGCUGGGUGAUGUGGUGCACCCGUCACUCCGCCCACGUAUCUUCCACCUACUCCCUCAUCUCCGCUGUCGCCGGUGUGGGCAUUGCCACUGUCGGUGCGAAGAACGUCCGAUGGGGGUGGUACGGGGGUAAGGGCCUCGGCGCCAUCUUCGCCGGUCUCGGUAUGGCUCCCGCUGCCGCCGGUUGCUUCGGUGCCAUCAUCUUUUCUCUGAUCCGCGUCGUUGUCCACGUCCGUCGUAACCCUGUCCGCUGGGCUGUUUUCACAUCCCCCUUCUGGUUCCUCAUCGCCGGUACCAUCUGUACUCUGUCCGUUGUCUACAAGGGCUCGCCCAACCUCAAGCUCAACAAGAAGCCUGCUUGGUACAUUGCCUCGGUCACCCUCGGUGUCGGCUUUGGUCUCGCUCUCCUUUCUGCCCUCUUCUUCGUUCCUUACCUGUACUGCCUCGUCAUUAACAAGGACAACGACAUUCGUUGGUACCACAUGUUCCUCGGCCCCCUCAACUUCAAGCGUCCCCGCCCUCAGGGUGAGAACGAGGCCCGCGUCCGUGACUAUGCCGUUGUCCAGAACGACCCGGACAUGCCGGAGGAGAAGACUGUCUACGGCAGCGAGUCUCCCAACGAGGAGGACUUCAAGGGUCUUCCACCCGCUGCCAUCGAUGGCACCCCCGCCAUGAUGGCCACUCCCGCCACCCUGGUUCACGGCCGUGAGGCUCAGCAGCUUUCAUACCGCGAGAUCAUGGCCCGCAACGAGGAGCGCUUCCACGCCAAGCUCCGCAAGAAGCGCGGCCCUCUUGGCUGGGCUAUGCGCACUCUCCACGAGAACCCUAUCGGCAAGGGCGAGAUCUACGAGAAGCACAACAUCAUUGCUCUUUUCAAGCGUAUCCCCGCGUACAUUGUCUGCGGCGCUCUCUACGGUCUCCACUACGACAUCCACGCUGCCCAGUCCGGUGUUUCCGGCACCCCCGAGGGUGACCGCAUGCAGCGCGUCUACGGCAACGCCAAGAAGUACUCGAACGAGGUCGAGCACACCUACUCCUUCGUUCAGGUCCUGACCGCUUGCACUGCCUCCUUCGCCCACGGCGCCAAUGACGUCGGUAACGCCGCUGGUCCUUGGGCCGUCAUCUACACCGCCUGGAAGACUGGAAAUGCCGCCGCCGCCAAGGCUCCCGUGCCCAUCUGGCAGCUCGCCUUCCUCUCCGCCACCAUCUCGGUCGGUCUGAUCACCUACGGCUACAACAUCAUGAAGGUCAUGGGCAACAAGAUCACCUACCACUCUCCUUCGCGUGGCUGCUCGAUGGAGAUGGGUGCCGCCAUCACCGUCCUCGUCUUCUCGCAGUACUCGCUUCCCGUCUCCACCUCGAUGUGCAUCACCGGUGCUACCGUCGGUGUCGGUCUCUGCAAUGGCACGCUUAAGGCUGUCAACUUCCAGCGUGUUGGCCUCCUCCUCUUUGCCUGGAUCAUGACCAUCCCCAUUGCCGGCACAAUCGCCGGUCUCCUCAUGGGUGUCGUCCUCAACGCUCCCCACUUCCGGUCUUAGGCGGUAGAGGAGUACAUCCUGGUCCCACCAGCAUACAUAGAGCCCCCGGACGCUGGCGGGGGACUCAUAGAUACAUGUUCUAUAUUUGGGAUGCCAUCGCGCAUGUGUAGCAUCAA